AUGGCAAGUGUUAAUCCAAGUGACGAUGAUAACCUAAUGAAGAGUCUGAUGAAGUGCAUGAAAUGUUUUUGUGAGCAGUGCGAUGAGCAUGGUGUGUACGCGGUCGCUUGUGGAUUCUGUGUGGAUUGUCAGGAAUACAUAUGUGACAUGUGUAUGGUGUACCAUAAAAGAUACCUGCCCGGUCAUACCCAACAGGAUAAAUACACCAUGCCUCAGGAUUUCUGCUUUGAAAAAUGUGGCAAUCAUCAAGAAAAGGCUAUCAAAUAUUUCUGUCAAAAAUGCGACAAGCUUGCCUGUGUAAAAUGCAAACAAGAAGACCACAAAAGCUGCAGUCUGGAUCAUAUUCCCUCCCUUAUACAUAGAAACGUUCUUGAUGUCAGCAGUGAGAUGAUAACUUUAAAAGAAAAAAUUGAUAAUAUGUCUAAAACACUGGAAGAAACGAAAGAGAAAAUAAACCAAAACUUUUCUAAAGUUUUUUCUCAAGAAAAUGACGCAAAAUCAAGAGUUAAGCAGGGCAUUGUGGAAAAGAAAAAGAAUUUCAAGAGACAAAUGGAUGAGGUGAUUAAUGCAUUUGACAAAAGAAUGGAUGAAAUAAUAGCAAAGCUUAAAGAAGAAAGGCAUGAAAAGGUGGCUUGGCUUGCAGAACAGAAGAAAAUAUUUGAAAGACAACUCAGUGAAGGGGUAGAAGAAGUACAAUUUGAAAUAGAAAAGUUUGUAGUAGCAGAUCAAGCGAAAUUAAAUGCCCUUCAACAAGAUUGCAAGGAAGUAACAGACGAUUUAAAGUCACUGAGGUAUGAUCUAGAACUGAAACGGAAUAUUGGCCAACAAGGCAAUCUCUUUGUAACGUUUAAAAAGCUGCAACCAGACAUUACUAAAUGCCAUGAAAAAAUGAAAACUUUGAUUGAAAAGAAUAAAAUCAGUGACUAUGAAAAUUUAUUCCGAAGAUGUGUCCUUGACUUUUGA